AUGUCCUCCCAGAGGUUAACUUCUAACAGAACCUCCCAGCCACAGGCAUCACAUUCUGAUUACACCUGGGAGUAUGAAUAUUACGAAAUCGGGCCAGUUUCCUUUGAAGGACUGAAGGCUCAUAAAUAUUCCAUCGUGAUCGGGUUCUGGGUUGGCCUUGCAGUCUUUGUGAUUUUCAUGUUUUUUGUGCUCACUUUGCUGACCAAGACGGGCGCCCCACACCAAGAGAUCAUUGAGGCACAGGAUUUUAUGAAUAAAAACACCUUUGUACUAAUAGGACAUGACUUUCUGAGUCGAAACGUGUCUAGGCUGCGGCAUUUAGAUAUUUGGUCAAACAUUCUGGAUGCUUCUGUGAAGGGGCCGCCCGCCCGCGCGCCGCCCCACCUCGUGGAGUUCGACCUCCCCAACUUCGUGAACACGGACCACAGCUCCUCCUUCGCCGAGGACGACCUCCUGAUCUCCGAGCCACUGAUCGUUCUGGAAAACAAGCCCGUGUCUGAGGCCUCCCGCAGGGGCCUGGACUGA